AUGCAGCCCCGCGAACGAUUCCUCGAGCUACAACACGAGCUCAUCGACACUCUUACAUCAUGGAUAAACGGUACUUUCUACAUGCCACCUGAGGCAAUGGCGUCGGUUCUGGAACAUGCGACUCACGAUAUUGCGAUGUAUCGGUCAUAUGGAUUGGGAGGCUGUUACUUUUAUUUGAAGUGCACCGAUGUCAUUGGUAUGAUGUCCUCUGCAAUCGGCGAGCUUAGGAGCAAGCGAACAUUUACUUGUCAAGUUUCGCAGGCUAUGGAGGAUGCGGUGCGUGCGCUUGAACAACUCCAGGUUAGUUGA